AUGACAACAAAUCAUUUGAAAUAUUUAUGGAAAAAGAAUUUUCAUUUACAUCAUAUGAAUGAUUGUGAUGAUUUGAAUUUUUAUUAUAAAAAAUUUUUAAAUAAAUUAAGUAAAUUAUGUUUAAAAAUUUUUCUUCCAUUAUUAUCAUUAAUUUAUCUUUUUACUCUAUUUCUUUGUCGUUUAUUUUUAUCAAGUAAAAUAUUUGAUAUUCGAACAAUAAGUUUAUUAUUAAUAAUUUUUUUAACUCUCAUUUUAUUAUUACUUAUACGUUUACAUAAAAGAUGGAAAAAACUUUGGAUUUUUACACGAUUUUUAAUAAUUUUUCUUUUAAUUAUUCCGUUAAUAAUAUCUUAUCAAACAGAACAAUUUCAUGUAUUACUAGCAACUAUUUCUAUUAUAACUAUGUAUGCAUUAUUAACAUUUACUUUACUUCAAUCAUUAUUGAUUUCAAUAAGUAUUUCAAUUUUACAUAUUAGUCUUUUAUUAAAUCAUGAAACAAAUUCAAUUCAAUGGAAAAGUUCAGAAUUUCUUUCAAUAAUUUAUUAUCACUUUAUUAUUAAUAUAUUUGGUCUAUAUUCUUAUAUGCAAUCAAUAAAACAUAUACGUCAACAUUUUUAUGCUUACAAAAAAAAUCUAUUAGAAAAAAAUAAAUAUAAUGUUGAUUGUAAAAAAUUACACACUAUUAUUGGAUAUUGUCAACAAUCACAAUCUAUUUCAAAUAUAAAUAAUAAAUCUCCAUUAUUAGGUGUAUCUCGAAUUGGUGCACUUGUGAAAAAUUUAUUAAUAAAAAGUGAUCGCUUGUUUCAAAUUGUUGUUAUUUGUACAGAAUGGCCAACAAUGAAUCUAUUUGAAAAACUUUUUUCUGUAUUACAUAGUAAUUUUCAUGAAACAUGGAAAAGUCAAAUUAAUAUUCAAUGUCAAAAAGACGACGAAACUAUUCAAGUACAUACAAAUACUGUUGAAGGACAAAUGUCUGUUUCCAUAUCAUUUACAUCAUCAUCUAUUCCACAAGAAGAUAGCCAAACAUCGGAACAACUUUUAACAAAAACAAAUUGUUUAAAUGCUUUAUAUGCAAUGCAUUCAGUUCGAUGGUUUCAGAGUCAUAUUAGUACACGACAACAUGCAUCAGCAUUAAUUCGAUGUUUACGUUAUAAAACAAAAAUUUCAUCAAAUUGGCAAUCAUUAUCAUCUGAGAUUAUCGAAAUUCUUAUCGAACAUACUUUAUCAAAAUCUGUCUCAGCUGUUUGUGCAUUUCGACGUGUUCUUGAAUAUCUUUCCGGUGGUUUAAUUUUAUCAAAUGGUCCGGGUUUACGGAUACCUUGGGAAACUGAUUCAAUAAAUAAUAUUUAUGAUAAAUUGAGCGAUCAAGAACGAAAUGAUAUAACUCAUGAAGCUCAAAUUGGUUUACGUUUUAUGGCAUUUGAACAAUUAAAUAAAUGGCUUGAACAAUAUGAUAUACCAAAAGUGAUGAAGUCAUUUCAAAAACGUUCAUAUCCUGACGAUCAAAAUCAAGUUGCAGCUAAACGACAAUGUUUGGAAUCAGACAAUAUCGAAGAACAAUAG